UUCAGUCACAGCGUCGUUAGCUCGCCAGCCGGACACAAAAAUAUAUUGAAGAAAAUGGAUCGUUGGUUGAAUCGUGUGGCCGUGGUAACCGGCGCCAGUUCGGGCAUUGGUGAGGCCUGCUGCAAGGAUUUGGUGGCCAAGGGCUUGGUCGUGGUGGGUUUGGCGCGUCGCGAGAAUCGGCUGCAGGAGCUGAAGGCUAAGCUGCCCGCGGAUCAGGCAAAGCGCUUCCAUUACCGCAAGUGCGAUGUGAGCGUGGAGCAGCAGGUGAUCGAUACCUUCGCCUGGAUCGACAAACAGCUGGGCGGCGCCGAUGUGCUGAUCAAUAAUGCGGGCAUUGUGCGUCACACCAAAAUCAUCAGCGAAGGCAACAGCGCCGAUCUGCGCUCCAUACUGGACACCAACGUGCUGGGCGUCUCCUGGUGCACGCGCGAGGCGUUUCUCUCGCUGGAGCGGCGCAAGGUCGACGAUGGUCACAUACUCAUUGUGAACAGCAUUGCCGGACACUCGGUGCCCGUUGUGCCGCAAAUGAGCCUUAAUAUGUAUGCGCCAUCCAAGCAUGCGAUCACCGCACUGACCGAGGUGCUACGCCAGGAGUUCCUCAACAAGGGCACCAAAAUAAAGAUCACAAGCAUUAGUCCCGGCGGUGUGGAUACCGAAAUUAUUGACAAGUCCCUUUUGGAACGUGUGGGCGAUUUUCCCAUGCUGCGAUCUGAGGAUGUCGCCGAUGCGAUCUCUUAUUGCAUUCAAACGCCGCCGAAUGUCCAAAUACACGAGCUCACGAUCAAGCCCAUUGGCGAGAGAUUCUAAGUUCGACAAAUGGAUGCAUUGCAUAUAUAGAUACCCUGUAGAAGGCUCCUUGUAAAAUUAUA